GGCUGAGCGGGCUUGUUGGUUACCCUGGCAACUGUCAUCAUGACUUCCACAGGUUCCUCGUAUGGAGGGAAAGAGUCCCAAAUCCUUCAGGCCUACUCCACCAUUCCGAGGCGCACGGGGCUCCCGCGAACGGUGCUGCGGUGGCUGCAGAGCCUCGACCUGACUUUCUCGCCUCGGCACUUCCGCAGAGAUUUUUCAAAUGGCUUCCUCAUUGCUGAAAUAUUCUCUUGGUAUUACCCAGAAGACAUUCAAAUGAAUUGCUUUGAAAAUGGGACCUCCUUAGCUUCCAAACUAAGCAAUUGGUCACAGCUUGCAAAGUUCUUUGCCAAAAGAAACCUGAAGCCCAUCCGAGAGCUAAUCGAUGGAACAAUUCAUUGUAAACCAGGAGCUGCUGAAAUAUUUGUACAGGACAUAUAUACCAUGCUGACAAACAGGCGGAUCAAACACAUCCAGGAUGAAGAGGUUGACUUUACAGAUCGUAUUUACGAGGAUAAGUUACCAAUGGUUGCUAGAUCCACUCUUUCAAGGGCUAUCAAAUCCCAUGUUAAGCUAACAGAAAUAAUGGUGGAACCUAAUGAAAACAAAAACAAGCAGAAAAUUAAUGCUGUCAUCAAUUUGCAUAUGCAGCGAAGGAGGCAAGAAAGGGAACAAAAUCCAGCCCGGUUUGGCAUCAAGCAGACGCUGAGAGAACGUGCCAUUCGUCGUCCUUCUCUUCUGACUCCUACCUUGAGUUCACAGACGUUUCAAAGGGAGAAACCUGCUCUUGGACCUACUACUUCCACCGAAAUCAGAGGCAAAAUGGGUGUCCACUUCAAAACCAUCCAGGUGAAGCAAGCUGAGAGGCUCCCUUUUGAUGGACGUAUCAAUGUGGAAACUCCAGGCACCCAUUUUAAACUGUAACUAAUAAAAGAGAUCCAUGCUUAAAAAUAACAGAAGGCUCAACAGAAGGCUUAUGAUCAAGUUUCUUUCUUAUAUCGGAAACAUGGGCCUUCAACAAAGUGUUAAAUAGUGGGAUAGAAUACAGAAUAAGAACUUUGUAGUUUUCCUAUUUCUCUUUUUCACUCUACAUAUUCUAAUGUUAAAAAGCCUCAUCCUUUUGGUUGAUGUUCUAAUAAAGUUGAUUAUCGGCAUAAGUUGGGUCUUAUUGUC